AUGAUUGAAGAAAACAAUAGAGUAAAAUGUGACUUAUUGAAAGAGAUAGAUAUGUUAAAUGACAGUAUUCAGGAUGACCUUAUGUUUGGAAUUGUGGAAGAAAGAGAGAAAUAUUACAAGAUUAGGAAAGGUAUUGAUGACCAAUGUAGUGAAUUAGUGCAAAGGAAAAUUAAAAAACUUGAAAGGGAUUUGGUAGAGUACAAGAACAACACUAGUUACUCUAUGCCUAGGUCUAGGCCUAGAUUUUGGGUGAGUGAACAGGCAAGUUGUAGAGAAGAAGAAAUACAUAAUGAAUAUCCAAGGGUAAGUGAUGAAGUAGGUAACCUGGAAGAUUUUAACGAUUAUCCCCCAUUAAGGAGAUCUGAAAGACUCUGGAACAAAGGUGAUUUCCAACAAAACCAGUAUUAUUCAAAUUUUCAGGAGCUUGCUGUGUUACAACUAAAUGGUGAAAUCUUACAGCAGUGGAAAGAACCCCCUAUUGAAAUAUACACAGACUUCUUCAUUUUCAACAUCACAAAUCCCAGGGAAGUACUUGAAGGUAAAAAGCCUAUUGUGAAAGAAUUAGGACCUUAUGUAUACAGGGAGUACAGGAGUAAAGUGGAUAUAGUCUUCUAUGAAAACAAUACUGUGUCAGCCAUCAGUCCAAAAUCAUUUGUCUUUGAAAAAGAUACGUCAGUUGGUAAUCCAAAAGAGGAAACCGUUACCGUUAUUAACUUGCCUAUGAUUACCAUGCUGACUAUGGCGAAACAAGGUGGAAUUAUUGAAGAAUUUAUACUGUCUCUGCUUUCCAACAUGCAACAUAUCCAUCUUUUUCAAACACACACUGUUGAUGAGCUACUUUGGGGUUAUGAAGACCCUUUAUUAAAAGAAUUUAAUAAACUGUUUCCUCAGCUUAUGCCAGACCCUCAUUUUGGACUCUUCUAUGGGAUGAAUGGUUCACAUGAUGGGGUGUACUUAUUUCACACAGGAUAUCAGGACUAUAUGAAAUUCAAUCAGAUUAUGAAGUGGGAAGGGAAGGAAUUUCUUAGCUGGUGGACAUCAGAUUCAUGCAACAUGAUUAAUGGAACAGAUGGUGCUGUGUUUCAUCCAUUUGUACAAAAGGAUGAAACACUUUAUUUGUUUGCAUCUGAUCUUUGCAGAUCUGCAUAUGUCACCUAUGAACAGGAUAUGAUUGUGGAAGGAAUCAAGACAUAUCGUUUCACCGUUCCCAAACAGGUAUUUCAGAAUGCAACAGAGAAUCCUGAUAAUGCAGGCUUCUGUACUCCACCAGGGAACUGUUAUCCUUCGGGGCUCUUGGAUGUCAGUUCUUGCAGAUAUGGUGCACCUCUUUUUAUGUCUUCCCCUCAUUUUUACAUGGCGGAUCAGAAAUUGAUUGAUGAUAUUACUGGUUUACAGCCCAACAAGGAGGCACACGAAACCUUUCUUGACAUUGAACCCGUAAGUUAA